AUGAUUGAAUUACCGUCUCAGGGAUUGAAGGAUACAGUUGCCAAGAAACCUUAUAAUCCUAUUAUUGGUGAGACAUUUCAUUGUAGUUGGAUUAUUUCACCUCAUCAACUCAAUAGUGGAUCAUGUUUACCAGAAACAAACAGAGAUAAUAGUAAACUAUUAUCUAAUAACAAUAAACCUAUAGUUAUACGAUAUUGUGCUGAACAAGUUUCUCAUCAUCCACCUAUAUCUGCUUUCCAUUUUUAUUGUCCUGCAAAGAAAAUGGAAUUGACUGCAUCAAUAUACACUAAGUCAAAAUUUCAAGGAAUGAGUAUUUCUGCUGCAAUGUUAGGUAGAAUUACUCUAAGAUUAGGUGAACACAAUAAUGAAGAAUAUCACUUUACCCUACCUACAGUAUAUGCUCGAUCAAUAUUAACUGUUCCAUGGGUUGAAUUAGGUGAUAAGGUGUUAAUCAAUUGUCCUCAAACAGGUUGUUCAGCUACAAUCACAUUUUUACCGAAGCCGCAUUAUGGUGAUAAAAUUCAUCGUGUUAGUGGAGAAAUUUAUGGUCCUCCUCUUAACAUUUCUCAAACUCCUUCUGAACGUUCAUCUAAAGUAUCUGGAUCACCAUUAACACCUGUUAGUAAUGGAAAUCUAAUUGCACGUGUUUCUGGUGAAUGGAACAAAAUAAUCGAUUUUGAAGUUUGUAAUAAGAAUCCUCAAAAGUUGUCAGUUGAUAUCAAUAAAUUGCCUGUUUUUAAAAAGCGUAUUCGUCCUACAGAAUGCCAACAACCUGAAGAGUCUCGUCGUUUAUGGCAGCAUGUGAAUAAAGCUCUUAAAUUAGGAAACUUUGAUCUGGCUGCUAAGAAAAAGCAGGAGCUUGAAGAACAACAACGUGUCAGUGAGAAAUAUCGAACAUUAUACAAUUUUGCAUUUCCAGUUAAAUACUUUACAUGGACUGAAAAUGCUUGGAUAUUCAGGUGGUCAUCUCAGUUAGACUGCUUGAAAUCUAGUUCAUCCAGUAAUAUUGAAGAAAGCAAAUGAUUUUGUUAAUGUUCACUUUAAUUUUUCGUAUACUUGUUUUUUCAAUUGUUAUCGUUUUUAUUUUUAUUUUAUU